CACAACAGUAUGCAAAGCUCCUUCGACGUUUUAGAGUGGGAAAGUACAUCCAAGGCGCAGGAUUGCCUUGUUCAUCAACUCUUCGGCGAUAUCUCGACAAGUAAGCUUAGCACGUGUUCAGCUGUUUUAGAGGCAGCAAAUCAAGUGAAUGCUUCAAAGGCAGAAAAAAGGAGAGCCUUGAAGAACGAAGGGAGUACAGGAAAACUUAAAAAGAAGCGAAAAGACAAGAGACAAAAGAAUAAAUUUAAACAAGUUCAAGAAUUAAGUUCUGAGCACACUGCUGCAGAAUUUAAAGAACCAGUUUUAUUGAGUACAAACAGUGAAAAAUGUAAUGGACAUGAAAGAAAGAGAGCAAAGAAAAAAAGAAGAAAUGAUGAAACUAAAGAAAAAGAUGUCAGUAGUAAAAAAGGAAAGAAAAAUGUUAAAACUGAUCAAAAGUUUAACUCUCAGCUAACACGGGAGAGCGAUAGCCAAUCAGGAACUGUCUGUGAUGAUGAGAUUAUCUCUACCAAAGGAACCAAUCAAAGGGCUAGUAUUGACAGUGUCAAACAGUGUCAAUCAGAGACUGUCAAUUCUGCAGCCCCACUAGAUGCAGAUAUAGAAAAAAUUCUUAGCUCCAUUGAAGGACCAAGCAAGUGUGACAGUGAAAAGGUAGAGAAAAGAAAGAAAAGAAAGAAAAGAAGAAUGGAUGGUAGCAAAGAUCAUUCUGAGCUUCUAGAUAUGGGAGAAAGCACUUCAGAAGUUACUCAUAAGCACGGAAAAAGAAAGAAAACUUGCAAACUUGAACAAGAUAGUUGUUGUGACAAACAAAUAAGUAAACACAGCCCAGAGCUCAAUGACACAAACAGUAAUAUUUUGAGCUCCCCUGCUCCUCGGAAAAAGUUAAGCCUCCAAGAAAAGAUGACAAAGCAGUUGGAAUCUUCAAGGUUUAGACGGAUAAAUCAACAGUUAUACACUACAACAGGAGAUGAGGCAGUAGCAUUGUUUUCUAAAGAUCCAAACUUGUUUGAUAUUUAUCACAGAGGUUUCACCAAUCAGGUCAAACUCUGGCCCAUCAAUCCUGUCAACAACAUCAUAGAAUGGUUGAAGAAGAGGUCAACAUCACAAGUAGUUGCAGAUUUUGGCUGUGGAGAAGCAAUCAUUGCCCAAAGUGUUGCAAAUAAAGUACAUUCAUUUGAUCUUGUAGCCAAGAAUGAGUUUGUGACUGCAUGCAACAUGGCAAAGGUCCCCUUAAGCUCCGCAAGUGUUGAUGUCGCUGUGUUUUGUCUUUCCUUGAUGGGAACGAACCUGGUGGAUUUCUUGAGAGAAGCUCAUAGAGUUCUCAAACCAGGGGGUAUUCUUAAAGUUGCUGAAGUGGCCAGUCGUAUAAAUGACACAGCACAAUUUACCAAGGCACUCUCAAAACUGGGAUAUAAACUGCAAAAUGAGGACACUACAAACAAGAUGUUUGUGAUGUUUGAUUUCAUCAAGAGUAAGGAUUGUGUGAAGUUAGUUCCAUCAACCCAGCUGGAGGGCCUCAGUCUCAAGCCUUGUAUUUACAAAAAACGGUAAUUUACCACAGACUUGUGGCACAAAAACAAUUAUUGAGCUCCAGGCCUUGGUUACUGACGAUUAUGCCUCAUCAGUAUUACGAAAAGACUCAAAUUUGCUGCAAAGACAGUAUUCUGCACAGACAGUGGAGCAACUUUAACAGUGUACGCGACAAUGUAGCUGUACUCCUGCAGUCACCAUUCCAAACUCUUUAGCAGUUCUUUGAACACAAAUAUUUUGUUUGAGGAUCAUUGUUACAAAAAAAGAAAAGAAAAGAAUUUGUGCUGCUAAUUUUACUUUGGCUACCCUGCAAGCAGUUGGUUUCUCCUACGCCGAGCAUUCAGCGUAGGAGAAACCGACUGCUCGCAGGGUAACUGGCAAACUUGAAGAGGUAAAAGGAUGACUCAGAGAUUAUUAAAAAUAAACAAAAACCUCUAGCUAAUAAGAGACAAAGUGUUUUCUCUCACUCUCAUGCAUUUCCUCCGCCCUUCAACUUUGUCACAAGACAUCCGAGGAUGAGUAAAUGUCAAAUGAAAACAAAGUUUCUUUCGCGCUGAAAAUUUAUCAGCGUUUGAUCCCAUUAGCCCAUCAGGUCUGUGCUUAUCUGUCCAGUGUUCAUACCAUGAAGUGGCUAGGAGAAUUUCUACUCCUCCCUGGUACCCAUUUAUACACCUGGUUGGAGAGAGGCACUGGGGAACACAACACCGCCAGGGCUUGAACCCAGACCCCCCAAUCCAGAGUCCAAUGCCCCACCCCACCCCUGCACUUUAGUUCAAAAGUAAAAGCUCCUAAACAGCAUCAUACUGCAUCAGCUUAUGUUACACUCAUGCAUAUGUACUUGUGAAAAACACCCUCAAGAGAACUGUGUCUUGCCC